GGGAUGGUGGUGUAAGUCUACAAUUCAGAUAUUUGAUCAUCAUGCAUUGCCAAAUUGAUAAUUGUAAUCAUUUUCGGGCUGCUCCCGUAUCUGCUUGGAGACAAAGGUUUUCUAAAAAUAAUCCCGGCGGGGGGUAUCAACCCCUCCACCCCCCGUAAGAAUGACAGUGACUGGUGCCGCUCUUGAAUAAAUCUAUGCAGUGACAUCUAUCCCAACAUGGCGGUCAUCGGCAAGAUCUUCGCGGCUCUCGCUGCGGCUGAUGUCGGCGCCUCGGCGUGGUUUGCGGCGGGCUUCCUCGGCGUUCUCACCGCCUACCUCUUCUGGAAGCUCCGGAGCGGCAAGAGCCCGUUUGCCGAGGACUGCGCCCGCUCGCCCGCCCCGCUAGUCACCGACCAAGCCGCCCGCGACAAAGUGCUGAAACAAGGAUUCGCCAUCAAGAAAGUCCCAGAGAGUCUAGAUGCCAUUGUGAUCGGUAGCGGGAUCGGAGGAUUGGGGACGGCCGCCAUCUUGGCGAAAGCGGGGAAGAAGGUCCUUGUUCUGGAGCAGCACGACCAGGCUGGGGGGUGUUGUCACACGUUUGUGGACAAGGGCUUCGAGUUUGAUGUCGGGAUCCACUAUGUGGGCGAGAUUUGUAACCGACUUCCCAACCAAGUCAUCACGGAACAGAUCACGGAGGGGCAGCUGCAGUGGGAGGAAAUGGACGAAGAGUAUGACACCAUCGCGCUGGGAUCCUUCGACAAGCCCCGAUGGAUUCCCAUGAAGAAAGGUUACGAGAAUUUUAAGAACAACCUUCUUCAGCACUUUCCGGAGGAAGGCAAGGCCAUCAAUGAGUUUGUCAGCCGACUACAGUCUAUCCAGAGAGGAGGUGUUAUGUAUGUUGUACUGAAGAUCCUGCCUCUGUGGCUGGCCACCUUCCUGGUCAAGUCUGGGCUCAUCCACUGGGUCACCUGCUUCUUCAAACACCUCCGGCCACUCCGGACAGUCACUCAGGAGCUGACCGACAACAAGGACCUGCAGUGCGUCAUGUCCUACAGUUUUGGAGACUAUGGUGUUCUACCGGAAAAAGCACCUUUUGCGAUGCAAGCUAUGGUGAUGGCCCACUUCAUGGAGGGGGGGUACUAUCCGAGGGGCGGCGCCAGCGAGAUAGCCUUCCACAUUAUCCCUGUCAUUCAGAAGGCAGGAGGGGCGGUGCUGGUCCGAGCUCCUGUCAAUCAAAUUUUGAUUGGCAGCAAUGGAGAGGCUUGUGGCGUCCGGGUCCACAAGAGCAGUGGAGAUGUGGACAUCCACGCCCCAGUGGUCAUCUCAGGAGUGGGCUUCACCAACACUUACAAGUACCUCCUGCCUACCCAGAUAGUGGAGAAACAUGGAUUGAAUGACAUAUUCCAGUAUGUGAAGCCUGGAGUUGGAGCCUUGAGUGUUUUCAUUGGUCUGAAGGGAACCAAAGAGGAGCUUGGUCUCAAAGCACAGAACACCUGGGCCUUUAUGGUUGACUCACCUUCAAGCAAAAAGGAACCCGGUAACGACCUUGACGGAUACCUGAACAAGUUCAUGGCCAAGGACAGGGCGUCGGCUGGUGAGGAUGUGGUACCACUCAUGUUCCUGUCCUUCCCGUCUGCCAAGGAUUCCACCUGGAAGAACCGAUACCCCGGCAAGUCCACCUGUGUGAUCAUCACCUUCACCCCUUACGAGUGGUGGGAAGAGUGGCAGGACAAACGGGUCAUGAAGCGCGGCGAGGAGUACGAUGGACUGAAGGAUGCCAUCGCGCAGCAGAUGUGGAAACAAACCUGUCAGCUCUACCCUCAACUCAAGGAUAGGCUGGAGUAUAUAGAGGUAGGGACCCCCAUCACCAACAAUUACUACAUCGGCUGUGACCGCGGGGAGAUCUACGGACUGGACCACGAUGUGGAACGCUUCUCCGCUGAACUGGCACUGAAACUGAGGCCAGAGACACCCAUUCCUGGGCUCUACAUGACAGGCCAGGACCUGGUUACCGGGGGUUACGCCGGAGCGCUUGCUGGUGGCAUGGUGACCGCUGGGUCCGUCCUGAACCGGAACAUCUCGCUCUGGCUGGACCUAUUCCUACUGGACGUCAGGAACUAUCUCACCAAGAAGAAAGAAGUCUGAACACAAAGCAAGUCAACUCUUUAGUAGGCCUUAACUGUCAACAGCAUUUGCACCAAUCAGUGUCCAUCUUACUUACAAGUCAAGCCAUAUCAGUAGAUUUCAUUGGUUCUCUGGUUGAUUGAAUCAUGUCAAAGUCAGAACACAACAACUAAUCUAAAGCCUGAGGUUAUGGAUAGUUAUGCAAGCAAAUGCAUAAGCCAAGUUGAUUUGAUUAUAUGGAUGAAACCCUUUGGAAAACACAAAACUGAUGCGAGCAUCUUCUUUGACUUUGAAAUUGACUUUGGCAUAUUUUUUGGAUUUGCGGUAAAUAUUUGCUCAUUUUGCUGCUGCAUUAUACAAUUUACAGCAUGGUCAACAGCUUCUUCUUUCUAUCAAAACAGGCGAGAAUUGAUGCUAGGAUAGAGCCAGGAAUGGAGAAGCUGUCUGCAGUACUGUUUAAUAUCACUAGAGGGCGUGAGGAUCAAAUCAACAUGGUCUAAAAAUGGAU